AUGAGGAUAGAAGGAGAAAAAGGUGUGAAAACACAAUCCGCGCCAAAACAUUGGCCGCGGACGCGCAAAAGUGAUUUUGGCCGAGCAAUUCUCAUUCUGGCCGACCGUUACGGUCGAGCCGGGAAGAAUAAGCCGUGCUCGGCCGGAUCACUCCAUUGCGCGACAGAAACCGUUCGCGCGACACGCACGAACCGGGAAAGAUUUAGGCCGCGAUCGGCCGAAAUUUUCGUAUCGGAACGGACCGACCGUGCCGGUCGAUCCGGGAAACAUACGAUCGGCCUCGGCCGAAAUCUCUCGGCCAAACAAAAUUUGGCCGACCAAAUCGCUCGACCGCGACAAAUCCAUCGGCCAUCGGCCCAAAACUUUUCUAGGCCAAGGUACACAAUGGCAAAGACAAAAGGAAAUGAGAGUAUGAAGAAGAAGAACCCAUUCAUGCAACCACCAAAGAAGCAAAUCAAGCUAGGGAGUAGUAGCUCCAAUGCAAGAGCAGAAACAACUUCACCACAUUCCAUUGAUGCAAUCAAGAACAGUGAUGGAGAGUCCAAGAGAGGAGAAGAUGAUUGGCACUUGUAA